GAGGUAUUAAAGCCUGGUGAACGAACCAUGUAGGGAUACGUGUGAGAAUUAAAAGACAAGGUGGCAAGACAGCGAAGAAAACAACUACAUCAUAACAGGACCGAGUAAAGUAAUUACAUCCUCAAGGUAUUAUGGCUAUUGUUCUGACUGAAGUCCUAAUGGCCAACACGGAUGCACGUAUUGUAAUGUAGGUGAACUUUCAGUUGUCAAUACGGACAUUCUACUGAUAGAUCCUGGAGUGUCUCAUUGGAGAUGUAGCACAAUUGCCACCAAAUAAUACAGACCUGGAACGUUGCCCGGGGUAGAACAUCCUACACUAUGGUUGAUAACAGAGACAGAGUGAAGAUUAUCCUAAGGGGGGAAAUCUUCAUUACAUCAAGGAAACUCAUUCAGGCGCACCCAAGUACUACUCUCGGUAAACUACUGAACGAUGGUGAUCAGACUACGAACAAUGAUGGACCACAGGAAUUUUACUUUGACAGAAAUCCAAUUUUGUUCCAUUCUAUUUUGGAUUUCUAUACAGCUGGUUCUUUGCAUUUCCCGAGUUUCAUAUGUGCAGCAAAGAUUAAAAACGAAAUUGAAUUCUGGGAUAUCCACGAGAAAAACAUUCCCGGAUGUUGUUGGAAAAAGCUGGCUAUUCAAGAAACUGAUGAAAUCAUUUUCAGAAACAUAGACAAUACAUUUGAUUGGCUGGAGAGGUGGUACGGUAUGACUGGAGUGAAGAAAUACAAACAGCACAUAGGUUGUUUUUCAAAACUCAAACAAAAUAUCUGGUUGUUCUUUGAAGACCCAAAGUCGUCAAAAGCAGCAAAGAUAUGGUCGGUGUUGUUUCUUUUGAUGAGUAUCUGCUCAAUCACAGUGAUUUGUCUAGAGAGCGUGCCCGCAUGUCGCAUCCCUGCUACAAAUCCCAUACCUCUCGAUGCAAACGUUACCAACCCAAAACAGAUAAUGUACGCCACAACGGAUGUAUACCCUAGCAUAGAAUACUUUGACCUUGUUCUAAACUGCAUAUUCACAGUUGAGUUAAUGCUUCGGAUUGUGGUAUCUCCGAAUAAGAAACUGUUCAUGAAGUCAGUUCUUACCUGGAAUGAUUUCAUUUGUGUCAUUCCGAUGUGGAUCGCAUACGUCUUCCUCUACGUCAUGCCCACUUUCAAGACAAACGAGACGCUCGUUUGGGUCUUCACAGCUAUUGCACUUACUCGGGUUUUUCGUGUAUUCCGUAUAUUGAAACUUGCUCGACAUUAUGUUGGCCUUCAAGUAUUGUAUCUUGCCAUCAAAGCAAGCUUCAAGGAGUUGAUCCUCUUGGUGGUGUUUCUCUGCAUCGGAAUGGUUGUCUUCUCUGUGCUUAUAUAUUACGCAGAGUACGAACAAUCGGAUCAUUUUCAAACAAUCCCAAUGGGCAUCUGGUGGUCGAUUGUCACCAUGACAACAGUUGGUUAUGGCGACGAACAUCCAACGCAGCCUAUUGGUUAUGUAAUAGGUGGCGCAUGCGCAAUGUGUGGUAUCAUAGCAACCGCUUUACCCAUACCAAUCAUAGCAAGGAAUUUUAACCAGUACUACUUGUGUGCCCAGAUGAGACUACGGCAACGUAAGGUUACCCUUAAUUCCUCUGUAAGCUCCCUGACUGCCACACAGACGCAUGCGCAGAUGAGUGGAUAUGACAACAAAAUAUUUCAAAAGGAAGAACUCGGGACAAAAGACGUAUUGAACUAGUUAACGCCUAUGUAAAGAAUCUUAGGAAAUGUGUAACCAAAGAUCCAUCAAUUACAUUCUGGUCCUAAAUUAUCCAAAAUGGAUGAUGAUACAAUAUACAUGUAAUAGUUCAAUUGCAGCUUCAAUAGCACUCUCAGUAUACUCUCAUUUUUGAUAAUUUAUUUUAAUGAAGCGAAACAUUCUAGGCAGCUGACGGUCGAUUGUUACAAUGACAGCAGGAUUUGGCGACGAACAUCCAAGGUAACCGAUUGGUUAUAUGAUAGAUAGGCAAUUAUUAGAAUAAGAAUGACAUACAAGGGCUGGGCAGGGCUAUCAAAUUGUAUUUUAAAUGCUAAAACAAAGAAAAUGGGUACUGUCAGUGUUUGGAUUAUAAACAAAACUGUAGACUAUCAUAUGUUUGUAAUAUUUUUUGUAUUCAGAAUUUAUUUAUAUAUCUUCUUAACAGUAAUGCGGAUAUAUGUUUAAAGAAAGAUGG